AUGUGCCGUGAUUGGGACAUGCCGGGGUUUUGCCCAGGAGCGGACCCCAAAGCGACCCUGGCCAGCCGUACCCGAGACAGCAUAUCCAGAAUCUUGGACUCCAUAGUUGACGCAGCCAGAUAUUGCAUUGGUUACGGACAGGAAAGUGACCGAUCGAGCGAACGACGGGUUGUAAUAUCUGGGCUCGGGUGGCGUGCGCAGUGCUCGGAGCGCGACCGAGAGCGAGAGAAGUCCACCGAAGACAUGGCAGCGCCUGAGGGUGAGAGAGAGGCACGCAAGCGACGCGAGCGCCGUGACUCAGGCUGCGCGCACGAGCGCAAGGAGCGUCGCCCGCACAGCGAGGAGCGACCGCCACCGCCACCGCCUCCGCCGGCACUGCAUGAUCAUAAUCGACUUGAGUCGGAACGUCGUGCCGAGCGACUAUCCCGCGCCCGUCGUCCUCAAUUUGGCGGUAAGCGUCGCCGCCCACCACCCAGGAUUCAAAAACACCCCAAAGAGAAUGACUGCUUCACCACAUCCGAGGAGAAUCGAUGCUCCACACCACCACACUUUGAAUAUGUCGUCGUACAGAAUCCCCGCAUGUGCGAGGAGUCGGAGAUUUUAGACGUCGGGUCUCUUCAUCGCAUGGUCGGGCGCACUUCGAGCGUCAGUUCCAACGGUGAAGAAGAUACACCGACAUCCUUAUGUGCAGCUGCCGAAAGAGCCAGGUCUGAUGAACGCUACGCACCCACCGUUAAGCGACAUGACCAACCAUGUCCUGAUCGGAAACUUGACAAGAUCCAGAAAAAGAUCACCAUGCUCAAGAAAAAUAUUUCCAAAUAUGAGUCUGAAUUUGAAGCCAAGCAUGGUCAUCCGUUGAGACCAUGUGACAGGAUCAUAGACGUAAGCCUCACUCGCAUGUAUGAGAACCUGCGUCGUUAUCAAGAAGAGAAGCGGAGCAUUAGAACAGACCCCGUGGAAUUUGCACUAAAAGCUCAAGCGAUUAAACAGCAGAAAGAGAGAGAUGACAAGCUUGACGCAUCCUUCAGGAACUGCAAAUCUAUGACAGAAAUCGUCACAGCCAUUGAAGAAUGGCUCGAAAGUGCUCGUCAAGCCGAUGGCCGAACUGCCAUCCCGGAAUCCAACUGGUCAUCAACUCAAUUUGCCGCAGAAAAACUUGCAGUGCAAAAAGCGCUCUUGAAGCUGGAAGCGUCCCGCGGCCGUCCGCCCGCGCAUUCAGAGGACCGUGGUGCGGCUCGUCAUCUGUAUGAACGGUAUCGCGCUAUGAAGAGGAUACUGGCUAACUCUAGAAUGGAUGCGAUCACAAACGGUGAGCUGGCAACCAUUCACGAGCACGAGACAAUGUUGUUCAACACAAGUGUCGAUAGUUCCAGUGAUUCGCAAGAAAAGCCUUCAGUACCUUCAGAAAUUUCACAGGAGACAGUAGAAACACCGCUGCAAUCACCACCGAUCCGUGAAGCCACAGUAGGUGAAGAAGUGCCUUCUUCAGCUUCUUCGGCACCCAGCGAGGAAGUUCCUCCAUCUAACGAAGCUUUGCACUGUCUUGGAAUAGAUGAUCUCACUAAAGCUCUCACAGAAGCUAAACACCAGAAAUCAAUUUUACGUCGAACUCUAAAAGAUUACGAAAUAUGCUUUGAGCAACAGAACUGUCGCAAAGUUCAAAGGGAUGACAAGAAGGGGCAUGAAGAGGAAUACCUUCGUUACAAAGCAGUCAAAGCCAGAAUCAAACUCAUCACUGCAUUAAUAAACAAACAGAAAAAUCACAAAAACACUAACUGA